GAAGCUGGUCCGAGCGCCCGCCAAGAGCGGCGCAAGUUUCCUUGCGUUCCCCGAGUGAAGCUCUGCCAAACACUCAUCCUCCCUUCAGACGGUCCCUGCCACUCACUGAUCAGUCAGCUGAAUCCCCUACACACAACAUGAGCACGUUACUCUACAACACGGUGGACAGGCUGGAUCGCCCCAGUGCCUAUUACGUUGGAAAGAAGAAGCGCAGAUACCAGGAAGAACAGGAGGAGCAGGAGGAUCCCAAUGCCAAGCUCAGAGGUGCGACAACGCUCUAUGUCGGUAAUCUUUCGUUCUAUACGACCGAGGAGCAGAUUCAUGAACUUUUCUCGAAAUGCGGUGAAGUUAAACGGCUCGUGAUGGGCCUCGACCGAUUCAACAAAACGCCCUGUGGAUUCUGCUUUGUGGAGUACUACACCCAUCAAGAUGCUUUGGAUUGUUUGAAAUACGUUGGAGGUACCAAGCUCGACGAGAGAAUCAUCCGGACGGAUCUAGACCCUGGGUUUGAAGAGGGCCGGCAGUAUGGUCGGGGCAAGUCUGGUGGACAGGUCCGUGAUGAGUACAGAGAAGAAUACGACCCGGGCCGCGGAGGCUACGGUCGGGCAUAUGCCGACGACCAACGACAACGAGAGGAAGAGGAGUACGGGCAAGGUAGGUGAAGUGGGAACG